GACACUCAGUGCAACCGACCUGCCAGCGUCAGUGCGAUGCGAGAGGGGCUGCUGGCUGGACUGUGGGUUCACUGCUAAGUGCGUGGAGAGGAACGGCAAUCAGAUUUGUGUGUGCCCUGCCUCUCAACUCUACUCCGACAAGCACAAGCAGUGCUUCC